AUGGCAGCAGUUGUUCUCACCACGCCAAGCCAAGAUGUUGUUUUCCACAUUAAAGAGAGGGUAAAAGCCCUCCCUCUGAAACACGAGGAGAGAACCAAGGCUGCUGGAAUAAUUAAUGGGUUCAUUGACCCAUUCAUUAGCUACCUGAAGGAGUAUCCAGAGAGGCCCUACUUUAAGGAGGUGACCAAGCUGACCAUGGGCAGCUACUAUGAGUUUGUGAAAAUUGAUCACCCAGAUGAAUUUGACCUGAUGCUGGCUCUGCCAGUUCCAAGAUAUGUUAAGUACACGGAGGUGGAUGACUGUAAUGGGCUCUACUACAAAGUUACUUUACCGAGGAAGCUCCGGAGCUUCCCCACACCUUUUCUGCUGGAGCAUAGGAGUACCGUGUCACCUGUGAAAGUCCUGGAGGAAUUCAGGAAACAUGUCAGCCAGUUCAUCGCAUCAUCCUACAAAGUGCCUUUCCCAGGGUGGAAAAUGAAGCUAAGCAGGAAGAAACAGAACAGCCCAGCAGCUACUGUCGUGCUGCUGGAUGACAAAGGUGGCCAAGUCAUGUCUGUAGAUCUCGUUCCUGCUUUGGAAAUCUCAACCCCCUGGCCUGAUUAAUGCAGGGUAGGGAAGGAUGUUGAAAAAUGGCUGGGGAAGAAAACCAAGCAGAGGAAUAAGUCAUUUUAUUUUGUUGCCAAGCAGCCACGUGGGCACGAUGACAAAGGUAAUUUAAUACCUUUCCUAACAAACUCUAUCCACCUCAUCAGACUUCUCUGUUAUGGUGCUGAUAUUAAGAUAGAGUUUACAACUUUUCUGCUUAUGGGAGGGAUACAAUAAACUA